ACAGAAGAGGCCGGGGCGGCUGGGCGAUGAAACGCGCUUCUGCUCCGGGAUGGAGGGGCCGGGGCAGCCAGAGCCUGAAGAAGUAAGAAUGACUGAAGUGCAAGAGCCUGUUGAAUCACCAGCAGCAGUGAUUGAGUCACCUGGGGACCAGUCACCUAUAGUCGAAUUGCCAACAUCAGUGGACCAGUCACCUACAGAUGAAUUGCCAGAGUCUGUGGCUGGAUUACUCAUGGUUGAAUUGCCACAGUCCGAGACUGAAUCAUCUGUGGCUGAAUUGCCAACAACUGUGGUCAAAGUACCUGUGUAUGAAUUGUCACCAUUUGUGGGCAAGCCACCUGUGGCUGAAUCAGCAGAGACUGUAGUCAAAGCACCUGUGGUUGAAUCAGCAGCAGAGGUUGAAUCACCAGAAGCUGAAGAGCCUAUGGUGUAUGAAGACCCCUUUGAAGUUUCCCUUAUGUACAUGGAGAAACAUAACAUUCUGCAGAUAUUUCAGGAGAUCACUGAAAACUUGGUGUAUGAGAAGCCCGAUGACCCCCUGCAGUUCAUGUUGCUGCAGGUGCAGUCCAUGAUGAACAAGCAACUGGAAAUGGAGGAGGAGGAGGAAGAGGAGGAGCUGGCCGGUGACAGCUUCUACACAGCAGAGAACUUUCCUGGUGGCCAACAGUGACCUUGGCAACAUGGUUGUUAGCACAGGGCCUCUGGCUAGCACUGCACUCUCAUGCUUGGUGGAAAUGGUUUUGAACAGGUCUGAUGGUAACUGAGCUUCCUGGCCUCUCUUGUUCUGGGUGCUGUGCUUCCAACUGCUUGUAAAUUAUGCAACUGCGUGUUAUCAUUGAUACACAAACCUCCUAAGAAACACACACACAACCCCCUGAACAUUCCUGCCUAUCCCCAGGGCCGGCGUGACCCAUUAGGCGACCUAGGCGGUCGCCUAGGGCACUGCGAUUUGGGGGGUGGCGACCACAGCGGUAUUUCGGCGGCGGGACCUUCCACUGCCUCUGUGGGGGGUGGCAUUUCGGGGCAGGACCUUCCGCCGCCUAGGGCAGCGGAAAAGCUGGCGGCGCUCCUGCCAAACCCACUACACAGCUUGUACACACAGAGGCUACAUUUCUGUGCACACAGACCCUACAGCUCUGAUCUCACACAUGCACAGACAACAGCACAAACCCACAGCAAUCAGACUUAAUGGCUCUUGAUCCAACCAGCCCUUGAACACUUACACACGUCUCUACCUUCUCUGUUCUGUUUUGGUGGGUGGUCUGUCCCAAGCGGUCAUAUAACAAUCCACUGUAUAACAGUUUGGAACUCCAGUGUCCACACUGGGAGAGGACUUUCUCUGUCCCUCUCCCUUCCAGAACCCCCUUGCCCCACACUGGAAGGGACGGUUUCCCCUCAGCUCUCCCUGCUGAGUUCAGAUCACUCUGUCCUUUUGUAUUCUUCUCUCUGUCAUGGCAUGUACAAUUCCUAUACACACACAACUAGAAGGUGAAGUUAAGGUUGCAGGGACAUGUGUGUGGCUUCAGAGCAUAUCACCUCUUAAAAAUACUAGUUGAAUAAAAAACAAAAACAAGUGAUAGAAACCCAGGAAAUUUAGAGUUAAAGGGUACUUCUCAAACAAGUAACGCAAAUUACUGUUAUCUAUCAUUCAAGUUACUUAUACGUAGGGUGACCGUAUUUCCCAAAAGGAAAACAGGACACCGUGCAAGGCUGGCCCAAGCACCCCGCACCCCAGGGCUGGCUGGAGCAACUCACCCGAGCCUUCCUCCCCUCCCCACAGGGCCUGAGUCGUUCACCCAAGUCCUGCUCUCCCCCAACCCAUAUGGGGCUGGUGUCACUGCUUGCUUCAGCCCUACCUGGCCCUAUGCCAGAGCUCUGCCUCCCGCCCCCUGCACCAGGCUGGCAUUGCCACUCGCCCCUCCCCCCACACACAUGUUCCUCCACACCCCAUUUUUUUGACACAAGUGGGCAUUUGUCCUGUUUUCUGUUGGCAAGGCCAAACGAGACAAAAGUCCACUUUUUCCAAAAAAGUCGGGAUGGCCGGGACAAGGCUUAAAAAAGGGACUGUCCUGGCCAAAAUGGGAUGUAUGGUCACCCUACUGAUAUGGUCCUCAUCACCAUAGUAUAUGAGUGCCUAUCUCCACCCCCUUAGAAAUGUCUGUUUACACUGCAGGUAUAGAAAAUGUGCACUGUAGAACAUUGGCUUUAUAAUUUAUUUCAUGCAUACCUAUCUCCAGUACUUAGUAUGCUGUUUUGGCACCACACUGACCUUUUCUCUUUUUAGGUAAGUGCUUUAAUAUCAUGAUCUAGGUCUUUGAGGUUUGUAUAUAGUCACAUGCUAGCUCUGUAUCUAAUGGUAUUUGAAUAGUUACCUAAUGCCAGUCCUUUCCACUCAAGGAUCUCCAAGCACUCAGAACUAUUAGUUAAUCUAUUGUAUUCCAUUUUAGAGGCAUGUGAGUACCAUCUUUCUUUUACAAAUAGACCAUGAUCCUGUAAGGCAUGGAGGGCCAGAUUUUUACAGGUCUUUAGGUGUUUAAAGAUGCUAAUAAGCACCCAGUGGGUUUUUAAAGUGUCCUUAGCAGGUUAGGUACUUAACUCCUAUUGAAUCACUUAGGUGCUUUUGUGGCACCUUAGAGACUAACAAAUGCUAGUCUCUAAGGUGCCACAAGUACUCCUGUUCUUCUUUUUGCGGAUACAGACUAACACGGCUGCUACUCUGAAACCUGUCAUUAGGUGCUUUUGAAAUUCCCAUUAGGUGCCUAUCUGGCCCUGAGUGCCCUCAGCACCUGAGAGAAUUGGACUCUUAAUGAAAUGUGGGGAAUGAUUGUUUUCAGGCUGGUGGUAUUUGUCUAACCAAGACUUUUUGUAAAACCCUUUGAUGUGCAUUGAGUAUGACUGUUAGGAAGGCUGGAAAGCAGCAGCAUUACUGUCUGAUUAAGACUGAGGUUUUCUAGCUUUUUGUGCCUACCUAUCAAGGGAAACUUUAUUUGAGAUGGAUAAGUUAGUGUGUCAUUCUGAUUCUUUUGUCAGGAUAUUGCUGUAAAACAGAGUUAAGAUGCCUAGGGUACCUGGCUUAAAAAAUGCAACUUUAACUCUGAAUUGACUGGGUUUCUAACAUUUAAUUAAGCAUUGUGUUUUGUUGUUUGUUUUUUAAUUUCUAACAUUCCUGAAAGGCCAUAUGCACUCAAACCACUGAUGAGCCUGCAGCCGUAACUUCACUUUACUGAAGUUUUUUGUGGGGGGAAUUUCCUCAGUUUCUUUUAAAUGGCCCUAAGAUUGGCUGGAGAGGAGCCCUGACCUGUUCCCACAAAUCCUAUGAGUUUUGCAAGAGGGGAGGCUCAAACUGGCAGUCCUUAGGAGCUCCAGGGGAAAGAAUACCUCUUUGGUCUGCUGACUGCAUCAACUCCUGCUACUAACAUCUCCACCCAUUCUUGGAGGGGAGGCUUCCCAUGGGUGCACAUAGAGGGAGCUGAACUCUUGCAAACUUCCGUAGGUUCACAGGAACAAGGCUCCUCUCCUGCAGGGACCAGGAGGUGCACAGGAAUACAGCCCCAUUCCUUUCAAUGGUGGGAUGUUUGAAGGACUGGAGCUGGCUGCCUAUGGCUGGCAAGAGAAUUGGGGUGAGGACUGUAGAACUAAGAAAAACUUCUUUCUUGUUCCUCAGGAGGUCCACUAGGAGAAAGGACUGGCUGAGAACAGGGCUUUGAUGGGGGUAGCCAUUACCCCAUUCCCCUGAACCUCCUGCAACCCACAGAAAUAGGGAGACCCACUUGUGAACCUUCCAAUAGAAAAAUCUUUCCCCCCACCCUUUGACGAGCCUUCCAAGUUGAUCACAUUACACUUUUAGCUCUCUCUCUGCAAGGGAAAGGGCUGGAGACUUGCAUUAAAAAAAAAAAAAAAAA